AUGGAGAUCGAAUACACCCAACAUCUCUCCUACGGCUGCUCCCCACUCCAUCUCCCCGGCGAAGACUUGCUCUCUGCUGCUACGACACCGACCCUCCCGGCAGAUGCCAUAUCGAAGGCUUCAUGCCCACAACCUCCAGCGAAUCGUCUGAAACGACCCCAUAGAAAAUCUCGUCAGGGAUGUUUAAACUGCAAGAGUCGGAGAAUCAAGUGUCAAGAAACAAAACCAGCAUGCAUGAACUGUAUACGAAGAGAUCUAGCCUGCGUCUACCCAACUAAAGGAGACACAAGAUGGCGACUAUUGAUAGCGGAUCGAGCUCAGACACAGAUACCCAGAGAAUCGCCCAUCGCCUCACCAUCUCCUCGAAUUUCCACCUCCGCUGUCACCGUUGACGACCUGCGCUUUUGGCAUCAUUACCUUGUUGAUGCGCGGCCGGGCCUCCCCAUUGGAGAUGAGGGCACCUGGUCCUCGCAGAUACCCAUCUUUGCCCACGAUUGCCCCCAUCUCCUCCAUGCAUUGCUUUCACUCGGCGCAUCAUACUGCUCCCUGGCGAGUCCACAAGGAUACCAAUACGCUCCCCUUGUUAUUGCGCAUCGUGGCAAGGCCCUCAAAGCCCUCGGCGCCAUCCUUGCUAAGGGAGACAAUUGCACCAUUACUGAAGUGGACAGUGCUCUAGCGACAUGCUAUGCACUAACUUUUCAAGCCCGCCAUAUGAGUGAUGGUGUUAUUGACUUCGCGGUCAUGGUGCGCGGCUGCAGUAUUAUGACAAACUGGUAUUUCCGCCACGGUCGAAAGAGCAAUAUCUUCAGUUGUCUACAGACUCAGGAACAGACGAUGCAAACGACGACCCUACCGUGGGACCCACAGGCCCUGAAGGACCAGCAUACCAUAACCAGGUGUAUAGCAGCCCUGGAUAAGCUACAACCGUUUCUGCGGACAAGUGGGCAUCAUAUCUUCUAUAAUGCACUACGGCUGUGUUACGAGUCGUUGCUUAUCUCAUACCGACGUGCAUUUAUUCGGCUCACAAUGAUCUACGUCUCAUGGUCAUGCAUGGAUAACUCAGAGUUUCAGACAUUGAUCGCACCUCAAAAUUAUAUAUCACGGGCACUAUUUAUGCAUUAUGUCACUAUCGAUUCAUUCAUGCGCCCGCUAUAUGCCAGGCUUAGCCUCACAAGGAAUCUCCAGUCUAAAGGUGGGCACUUCCUACUCUAUCGGUGGGCCGAGAAUAUUUAUGAGGGGCUCCCAGAGUCAAUACGGGGUUUGGUCUAUGAUCUGUACCAAUGCUUUCUUCUAGACUUGAUAUCGGAUAUUGCUCUUAGUAGAGCUUAUUUUCCGCAGUGGAAUCAUGAGCUUGGCAGGUUUGUUGCGUUGCUGCGCAAUCGAAUACCAAGUGAUGUUUUGGAUUGGCAUGAUAUUCGUUAG